CGGGCCACCCGACGCAGUCGUCGUCCUUCUGGAAGCAUCCGUUCCCGGCGACUCGGAGGUUGCGCCGGCGCCGGCGCCGGGCCCGCUCCUGCCCCGACGAGAUGGAGGAUGGCGUGUCUACCUAUACUGUCGAUGAGGCGCUUGUGUCAAUGGGGUUUGGAAAGUUCCAAGCAUUCGUGCUUGCCUAUUCCGGGAUGGCUAAGAUCUCUGAGGCGAUGGAAAUGAUGCUUCUGUCAUUUGUUGGGCAGUCUGUCCAAGCUGAAUGGGGUCUUUCUGCACAGGAAGAGAGUCUCAUCACAAGUGUUGUAUUUUUAGGGAUGCUUGUAGGAGCAUACUGUUGGGGCUUAGUUUCGGACAACUACGGGAGAAGGGUUGGAUUUAAUUUCACAGCCCUUGUAACUGGUGGUGCUGGUCUCCUUAGUGCCUUCGCGCCAAACUAUUCAUCUUUGAUUGUACUAAGAUUCUUAGUUGGCGUUGGACUGGGUGGUGGACCAGUUCUAUCUUCUUGGUUCCUAGAAUUUGUCCCUGCUCCCAACCGAGGAACUUGGAUGGUUAUUUUUUCAGCAUUCUGGACCAUUGGCACAAUAAUGGAAGCUUCGCUUGCUUGGGCUGUGAUGCCAGCUUUUGGCUGGAGGUGGCUGCUAGCACUUUCAUCAUUGCCAUCAUUUGCCCUACUACUCUUCUACCCAUUGACACUUGAGUCACCAAGAUACUUAUGCAUGAAGGGCAGAAUAGCCGAUGCACUGCACGUUAUGGAAACAAUGGCACGAGUAAACCGUGUGGCUCUCCCUUCUGGACGGCUUACUUCUGGCCAUCGAAUGGAGCUCCACGAGAUUUCAGAUUCCUCAGAAACUGCGCAGUUGGUUUCAGCUAGGAAAACCAACCCAGCUGAUCAUGCUAGCAAAUCUGGGAUCGGGGGCCUCAAUGCCAUCUUGAGGCUUCUGUCCCCAAAUUUAAUUAGAUCAACUCUUCUUCUUUGGACUGUUUUUCUUGGUCUUGCCUUCUUAUACUACGGCCUUGUUUUGCUAACCUCAGAAUUGAGUCACGGAAAUAGGAUUUGUGGCUCAGAAGGAGCAGUAGCAAUUGAAACAACCCACACAAUCGAUGCUAAUCUGUACAGGAAUGUAUUCAUUACUAGUUUUGGAGAGGUUCCUGGCCUUAUUCUGUCCGCUGCCAUCGUGGACAAAAUCGGGCGCAAGCUCUCGAUGUCAUUGAUGCUCUAUAUCAGUUGCCUGUGCAUAGCUCCACUCAUGUUCUCUCAACCAGAAUCUCUGACGACUGUCUUUUUGUUUGGAGCGCGCAUCUGCAUCUCUGCGAGCUUCAUUGUCCUGCACAUCUACGCUCCUGAGAUAUACCCAACAGCAGUCAGGGCAACUGGCGUUGGGUUUGCGAGCUCGAUCGCCCGCUUAGGUGGGAUCUUGUGCCCUCUCGUAGCCGUCGGUAUGGUGCACGCGUGCCACCAGACCGCGGCCAUCGCAGUAUUCAUCGCGGUGAUGCUCGUCUCAGCCGUCGCCGUAUCAUACUUCCCCCUAGAAACAAGCGGGCGGAAAUUGAGUGACCACAUCGCUUCUUAGAGCGAAGCUGCGACGGACACCAGACAUUGCUGCUGUUGCUGUCACUAGCAUAGAUUCUCCCCAUACACAAUAGAGUUGAGGCCAGAGAAGCCGCACAGUUUCUUUCCUCUUUUUUAGAUUACUGUUUCCCCCCGCAAGAGCAUAGAAAAUAGAAAGAUAUGAAGUGAAUGUGAUCUUGGAUCCUGGAUAUUGUUCAUUACACUCCUUUCAGCAGAUAUGUACACUGAUAUAUAUAUACAUUAUGAUUUUUGAGGAAAAUA